UUUUUCGCCAACCUCUCUUCGAAAAUGUGCAAAAUACUGGGCUGCGCUUCUUCGUGCUUGCUUUGAAACUGUCUCAAUUGAAUCGUACAACCUUCGAUGUUGACUAAGUCGCAUUAUCAACUCCGUGAUCCUCCCGGAAAGUGCCAUGCAACGCCUCGCAGGCGGCGUUGCCGGUAAUGGCAGCUUCACCGCAAGGCGAGGUUCCAAGGUUUCGUGACUGCCGUAUCUUCUUGCUUCGAGGAUGUCAUCGCUGCUGUUCGAGCCGAGCGAAGGGCGGUGCGGUAGCUGUACGCCGCCGCCGUCGUCCCAGCAGAGCCACGGCUACCACCUGGCGGGGGGGCCGCAGGGCGGGGGGUCGCGCGUGCCCCCCUUUGCCCCGCAGCCCCACACGGGGGGUCAGCCGGGAGGCAUGCGCUCGCUCUCGGUCACGUCGGCGCACGCGCAACAGCAGCAGCCACAGCAACAGCCCGUGUCGACGGUCACGUGCAACGCGCACGAAGUGUGCCACUACUUUCAACAGGUUUUCUACGUGUCGGCCAUCCUCACGGGCAUCGCGCUGGUCAUCGCCGGCGCCAUCCAGACUGGAGCACCGGACGCCUCGCUCAGCUCCGAGCUGCCCCCGAUGGGACCCGGGGUCGGAGAGCCACCAGAUGGCGUGGUCGCCGGUGGUGACCUGCUCGUGUUUGUCUACAUCGGCGUGCUGCUCAUCGGCGUCAACGUGUCGCUACUGCUCCUGCAGUGCUACAUGCGCAGCAAGGAGUUGCGACGAGCCCGGCGGACGGCGAUGAUGCAGCCACCGUCGAUUCCGCCCGCCACGGUGCACUACAACCCCCUCGUGUCUGUCGGUCCACCGAGACAGGUGGCCAUGCCCUGUGCCGUGGACAUCGCGUCCGGCAUACACAGGCAGCAGCCACAGAUGCCGUCGCCGGGUAAGGCUCAGCGACGCGGCUACGGCCCGGCGUCAGUGCACAGCGUCGCAACGGUGCCGGCGAUGCCCAGCACCCAGCCCCACUGGCUGCUCACCCCUGGCUCCCGGUGAGCGAAUCGCUGAGAGCUUUGCGCCGAAGGGCAGCCACGGUCGCCGCUAGCCAGCCGCCUCCGAGCUACGAUAACCUCUUGGUGGUCGGGCAUGCACCACGCGAAGUCGCCACACUUCACCUCAUCUAGUCACCUUCUUCUUUUGGCACGCCUCACUUUUGGUCCGGGUGUCCGGGCUCAACGCAACUGCCCCUGCAUUUAAGUCUUGAGUGAGAGGAUGCAUAUGUAGUGGCUGCUUUUAGGUAACAAGACAGGACAAGGGAAAGUAGGGAAUCAAUGUCCUGCAAGCUCCUUGGCAUGUCCUGCUAGGGAACUGACAUGUCCUGCUUUUGUGAAAGGGAGGACGUAGUUAAUUUUAGAAAACAUGACGAGGCAAGGACAUCAAUAAGGAAGCCAACAGGACAUGUCCUGUCAGGAUGUAACUGCUCUUGUGUGGCACGUCAAGACAAGUAUAAGAAAGAAUAUAACCUACCAGACAUCUCCUGACGGCCAUCUGUCAGGACAUGUCCUGUCUGUUUUGUUCUUGCUUUGUUCUUGUCUUGUCCUGCCUGAAAGAAGCUGCGCCGUGUUUACAAGCAGGAUAUGUCUCAUCAGGACAUACUCAGUUUACGCAGUGUGAUAAGGGCAAAAAAUAGAGAACUUAGGAGACCAUUCCUGUCAGUUGUCCGAAGGGGCAGGAAGCAUUAAUUUCAUCAUUUUAUGUCCUUGUAUUGUCGCGCUACCAAAAAGCAGUCAUACCUUACCUGGGAACAGAGCAUGUCCUGCCUGUACGUGUCAGCUGCUAUUGUGUACUUCCUCAGGGUAAGGACAAAAAGGUGACAUGGCAGGGUGUUACUUCUCUGAGCACUUUCUCUGCUAUCAGGCACUGACAGGACAUGUCAUGACUGUUGACUUUCAGGACAUGUCCUGUCAGUCUUAUUCUCGCCUUGUUUUUUCGUUAUGUGCUAUUUAGGAGAAGCUACGCCACGCAUAGUUCCACAAGAUGGGGACAAAAGGUAGAGGUGUGACAGGACAUGUCCCGUCGACUUGAUUUCUUUUGUCCUUGUUGCACCAGCUCGCAGAAAGACAUGU